CAGAAUUCCAAUUGGCAGCUCAAUAACUUCACACAAAGUUCUUGCUUCCACCUACCUAACCCCAGUAUGAAAUCUGAAGGAGAAGAACCGUUAACAAAGAAGAGGAGACUUGGUGGAACUGUCAAAAGACACUGGGAAUACUUCUGUCAGCACAGCAGAACAAUGAAAGUAAAGAACUUUGAAAAUAAAGAGGCUGUCCAAAACAAUACAGAAAGUGAGGCAAAAUUUGAAUUUACAGUCAUGUCUUACAAUAUCCUCUCACAGAAUUUGUUGGAAGAUAACUACCACCUGUACAAACACUGCAGGCAACAGUUGUUAAUCUGGACAUACAGAUUUCCCAACAUUCUACAAGAAAUUAAACAGCUGGAUGCAGAUGUACUCUGCUUACAAGAAGUCCAAGAAGAUCACUACAGAACAGAGAUCAAAUCAAGUUUGGAAUCCCUGGGUUACCACUGUGAGUAUAAAAUGAGGACAGGGAGAAAACCUGAUGGCUGUGCUAUUUGCUUCAAAACAUCCAAAUUUAGCCUGAUUUCAUCAAACCCUGUGGAAUUUUUUCGCCAUGAUAUUCCUCUCUUGGACAGAGACAACGUUGGACUGGUGUUGCUGCUGCAGCCUAGAUCUCCCUGUACAUCUAAUGCUGCAGUCUGUGUAGCCAACACCCACCUCCUGUAUAACCCAAGGCGAGGGGACAUCAAGCUGACCCAGCUUGCAAUGCUCCUGGCAGAGAUUGCUAGUGUUGCCCAUCAGAAGGAUGGUGCCUUCUGUCCCAUCAUCAUCUGUGGUGACUUCAACUCUGUUCCUGGUUCUCCCCUCUACAAGUUUAUAAAGGAAGGAAAGUUAAAUUAUGAAGGACUUGCUAUAGGGAAGGUGUCUGGACAAGAACAGUUUCCAAGGGGGCAAAGAAUAUUAUCUAUUCCCAUUUGGCCAAAAAAAUUAGGUAUUUCACAAAACUGUGUCUAUGAAGUAAAACAGCAACAAAAAGAAGAAAAUGAAGGAGAAAAUUCGGAAGCAGCAAAACUGGGCAACACUCAAGAGAUUGUGAUAGCAUCUGAAAAGUUGUCUUCAAAAUUGCAGCACCAUUUUAAACUGUCUUCAGUCUACUCUCAUUAUUUUCCUGAGACUGGGACACCAGAGGUCACGACUUGUCACUCCCGCAGUGCCGUCACUGUGGAUUACAUCUUCUACUCUGCAGCCAGCAGCGACUCUGCUGCACAGCCAGGAGCAGAGGAUUCUUUUCAUGGAGGUCUGAAACUUCUUGGCAGGCUGGCACUUCUAACAGAGAAAGACCUUUGGACUGUUAAUGGUCUUCCCAAUGAACAGAACUCUUCUGACCACUUGCCACUGCUGGCAGAGUUCAGGCUUGUUGUAAGGUAAUAUCCAAAGCAUUUU